AUGUCUGCUGAAAAAUACUACAACUCUGCUCCACAACAACAAUACCAACCACCUCAGGGUCCACCACCUUCAGCUGGAGGUGCUGAUGCUUCAAGAGGGUUCAACGACUAUCAACAAGGUGGUUAUCCUCAACAAGGAUACCAACAACAAGGUGGUUAUUAUCAACAAGGACCUCCUCAAGGUGGAUAUUAUCAACAGCAACAACCCGUUUAUGUUCAACAACAACCUCAAAGAGAUAAUAAUAAUGAUUGUUGCAUGGCCUGUCUUGCCGCUAUGUGUAUCUGUUGUACUCUUGAUGCUAUUUUCUAG